AGAUAUUGAGUUUCCAAAACAUCAGCCUCAGCCACUUGAGCUGACAGAGGUUAGCAUGGUAUUUAAGAGCACCCUGAGCAGCUAAGCACUUUCCAUUCUAUGCAAUGGAACGCUUAGGUGCAUAUAUAAAGAAGGCAGUUCAUUAUGUUAUAUUAUAUGCCAUAUAACCUGUGGAUUUACAAAAGGUUUACUUCUAGAAUCUAAGUCCUCCUGUUAUAUAAUGAGAGCCUUUUGGAAACAAUGCCUCACUUUAGUGUUUUUAUUAUAAAGCAUUACUGCUUACCAGAAGGGCAAUUAGUAGACGCUUACUUUUCCAUAGAUUAGCUAGAGUGUAAUUAGUUUUCAAAGAUCAGAUCAAUAACUAGAGCAUGUUGAUUUCUAAAAAGGUCAUGCAUGCACAUUUUCUGAUUUCCCUCUGAUUUUUAUGGUACAAACUCCAAGAGCUGUGAUAAUGCUUAGUACUCCAACUUCAAGUUGGGAUAUGCUGCCUUGUGUGUGGGGUGGUGGGAGUAGGUUUUUGUUUUCUUUUUUUCUUUUCCCAGCUAUAUAUCAGACACAGAAGGUGGGAAAUUGUCCCAUUCUGAUGCGAAAAAUGUAGUUUUCUUGGUUUGAGAUCCUUGUUUGAGAAACAAGGACUGGACAAUGUCAUGACAAUGAUGAAAAUUUGCUAUGCUUUGGACCAGGGCUUAGCAACAUUUGGGGUAUUUAAAAAGCUGUAAGUGCUAACACCAGCACUUCCACUGCAUCUUUCAUUUGAGAAUCUGUCCAUUCUUAAUAAAUUUUCACUGGCUCUGUGAGGCUGGUAUUAUUAGUGUCAUUUUGAAGACAAGUAGAUAUAAAAUGCUUGUAUAAGCACAUUCAGCAAGCCAGAAAAAGGCAGGAAUAAAAAUCAGGAAUACUAAUGUUUCAACUUGUUUUUGAGGUACAAUCUUGUACUUUCUUUUUUUUUUUUUUCCCAGAAAAUAGACUCAAGGAAUUAAUUUUGGUAGCUUUUUUCUCCCCUUUUUUUUUUCCCAUUGGGUUAGGCUGCAUAAAAGUGAGACAUUAUUAUGCAACAUAUCUAAGUGUGCAUGUGAUACUUGAAAAAAUGGUAAUCAGAUAAGUUGCCAGGCAACAGUACCCUGCCUUCAAUUACCAAAAAGCCAAUGAGUGUGCUUUCAUGAUGUAACAUGUGCUCUCUACUUCUUCAUAAAGAAAGUGUAGGUGGAGUUUUGUAAGAGUUGCUCCUUUUUAACACAUCAUCUGCUUAACCUGCCAUAUUGCAAGGUCAGAUUUGACACCAGUUUUAUAGAAAGGUAUUCACAGAACCUGAAAUCAACAACAACAAGUUAGAUGAGCUCUUAAAGAUAAUGAAAGGUACGUGAAUAAAUAUGAGUAAAUUACCAUCCCGUCCCAUAGCUCAUUCUUGGGACCAUGAGAAAUAAGAAAAUGCACAAGAGAUUUAUGUUAAAAGGUAGAUGGCAGGAAUACAUGGCAAGCUGUGAGAAGUCUUAAAAUGUUCAGAGUGGCCCAUUGGCCCAAAAAUGUUGAGAGCCAUGGUAAUGCAUGAAAACAUGAAUGUAAACCCAGCUGGUUCAUUUUGAUUGCCUUAGCAGGAGCAGAAUGAAAGAAACAUAAGCAGGGAUGAGUGUACACAGAGGAAAAAAAAAAAGUGAGACUAAUAAUGUCAGACAGAUCUAGCAGCAUGAGGGAAUUGGAUUGUGUGUUUGUUUGAAACCUGAGUUUAAUUUUUUUUUAAACAGGUUGCAAGAUAGCAACAAAAAAUAAAGACUCUUCACAGUUAUUUUAAAUGUAUUUUUGCUUUUGGCAGUAAAUAGCCACAGAAGCAUUUGCAGAUACUGUAGUUGUAUGGGGAUGCCAUGCAUCUGCCUAAGCCUCUUCAACUACUGGGUGGUGGCAUGGCUUUUAAAAGAAAUCUGAACCUCUGGAGGUCUAAUGUGCUUCUCAGGGCUUUGACAGAAGUUUGGAGUAGAGACAGGGGACCCACCUGGACGUAUCUGGGAAAGGAUGCACAUAACCUUGGAAAUCACUUGUUUUCCUUGAGUAACUGCAAGUUUUUGCUUUCCAGAGUUGGUUUUUCAAUUAUUUUGUUGUUGUUGUUCCAGAAGGAACAAAAGACAUUUUCAUUUCAAGAGGUGGGGGACUGUGUAGCAGUGCAUGCCCCAGGUGUCCCUCUGAGGUAGUUCAAUCCAGUGUAGGAACAGGUUCAAAAGGCCUCACCAAAAGACAUGGUGGGACUUCAUUUGAAAGGGAAAUCUGCAUCACCCUCUGUGCAAGUCCUGCCAGAGCAGGGUGAGUUUCUUAGAAGACACAUGCUCACUUUCUAUUUCCAAAUUUGGCACUUUUUCCCCCAAAGAAUCCCAGAUAAGUCAUGGAGCAAUGUUGUGACUUUGUUUCUUUGUUGGACAGUUUAUCGCUGGAUAGGUGCAUGGAUCCGAGCUUUCUUUUUAGAGCCCUGUGGAAACAAUGAAGAAGUAUAAAUACUAAAAUAGACAGUUGAAGGGAUGCACUACUAACCAAUUUCCAGUCAGGAAUUUGCUUUCCUUUUUGUUUGUUUGUUCUUUGUAUUCUCAUUUGAUGAGCACUACUGCUAAAUUAUGCUCAUGUGCAGUCCCCAGCCUGCUGACACGAGGAAUGUUGGUGUCUAUGUCAGAGGAACAGUCAGAACAUGGGCAAGUUUUGGGAAGCCUGAGGUUUUAGGUUUUAACUAUUUUUAUAUAGGUAAUUGAAUGGUCACACUGCCAUUGUUGGGAGUUUGUUUGUUUUUUCCCUCUACGAUAAACAUUACACAUUUUUAAUCAUUAGUAUUUUUACACAGAAAGUUCAUUUAUAUACAAAAGGAAAAACAAAUCCCCUUUUCUGAACACCUUAAGCUUUGCAUUAAUCAUGUGAGCUUUAAGGUUGAACCUUUCUCUUCAGCUCUACUGCUCUGCUCAUGUGUAUUAUGACAUAGUCUUUGCUAAUGGAGAUUUUCUUCAAUGAGUAUUUUCUUUCAAGUGCAGAUACAUGUGUGGCUAAAAGUGUAGUUUAUCAAUACUUGGAGUUCAUAGAAAUGAAGUAUUUUGUGAAAGAGGAACUUCUUGCUGCUAAGUGGUGUGCUGUGAACCAGAUCUGGGAGGUGAUACAGCUGAGAACUAACAGGCAUUAGGGUAGCAUGGGUGUAGCAUUCAGAUGGCUGAUGAGUUCUUUGAUCUGGUUCCAGGUGAAGCCCCAUGAAUGGGCUGAGUGCCCAUGCCAGGGCAAGGGGUGAAUUGAGUGGAACUGCAUUGUCCUAAUGUUAGAUUGGCCUGAAACCUUCUGUAAUGUUCACAUUUCUUGUUGAAGGAGUUGAGAGUGUGUUGCAAUUGGUUAUUUUGUAUGAGUUUGUUCUUCAGUCUUUUACAUAUCAAAUUAUAUACACGUGUAUCUGGCUAUGUAAAAAACAUUCUCAGUGUUCUUGUGAUUCUAGGCAAAUGCUUUUAAAAAUUUUGUUUGCAUGUGUCUGAUAAAGAGUUCAGUAGAAACCUAUAUCCGAUGGUGACAAAAUGUGUAUAAUGAAAAUAGAUAACGUGCAAAUAAUUUUUAGGAACAUCAAAAUUACAGUAAUUUAUACCAAAGCUAGAUAACAAACAAGUUCUUUCCCAGUCUGAUAUACAAAUACCUAGCUGUUGAAGUAGAAACUAAUUCUCAUGAUAAGAGAGACUCCAAAGUAGAUGCAAGCCUUGGUGGAUAGACAGAAGGUGCUAAAUGUGUCUCUGUAAUACCCAUGUUACAUUGAUUUAAUUAGUGGUUUUAUGCUAUUCAUUGCUCUGUUAAUCUUGGUGGGAAGGUUUUUUUGGGAGGAUUAGUUAUUUAAUCUGCAUUUUUAAUUGGAGUGUUUUUGUAGUACAGUGUCACGUAAGUAAAAACAGUGUAGGUGUGGUUUUUGUUUUGUUGUUUGUUUUUUUUUUAAGAAAACAUUUCUCUUGAAUUCCUCUUGGACUUUAGUGCUCAAAACCUCUGAGAUUCAGUAAGAUAGUGUGAAGAGCUCAUUUGUUACACAGUCUGACCCGAGUGUCCUUGAUUUAACUUCUUCAUAUGCAAUUAAUCCAGAAAAAUGCUAGGUAUAGACAAGUACUUGGAUUUUAGGGAGGUGAAGUUAGGAGAGAGAGGAUGGGGGUGAAAAGGAGUAAACAGUGAAGCUUACUUAAAAAAUUGAGGGAUUGGCUAGGAAAAUAGAGAUAAAGUAAUUUCUGACAGAUCCUUCAAGGGUUAACUGAGACCCUGGCUGACAUGGGGUAGCAGUGAAACUUCGGUCACUGGCUCCAGUGAAGUUGCUCCAUGUGUUUGCUGUGGCUGAAGUGAAGAGUAGAAAGGCUCAGCCUCACCAGAGGAGAGGCAGCUGUCAGGGAGCUGCCCUGGGCAAGGGCCUGGUACAGGUGCUUGUCUGCAGGCUCUGAAGAAGUCAGGUCUUCCAGGGCCCAGUGAAGGCUGUCUGGUUGGUGUAUUAGCUGUUGGUCACAUACACCUGGUCUGAAAGCGACUGGCGUCUGAAACACCUUGGACUUGCCGAAGGCAACCUAGUCUACCUGUGGAUGCUGUGAACUAGGAGCUGACGAAAAAGUGGGAGAGCUCCAGGAUCCGUCCCUGGAAAAGAGUGCUGCUGGGGUGAGUGCAGAAGAAUGGCUGCGGCAGAACCUCUGACCGCUUUCUCCCGAUGGUACCUCUAUGCCAUCCAUGGCUAUUUCUGUGAGGUGAUGUUCACAGCUGCCUGGGAGUUUGUGGUCAACUUCAACUGGAAGUUCCCGGGCGUUACCAGUGUGUGGGCACUAUUCAUCUAUGGCACCUCCAUCCUUAUUGUGGAGAAGAUGUAUCUAUAUCUCAAAGACAAGUGUAACAUUUUAGUGCGCUGCUUCAUUUACACACUUUGGACAUACCUCUGGGAGUUCACCACUGGCCUCAUCCUACGCCAGUUCAAUGCCUGCCCAUGGGACUAUUCCCAGUUUGAUUUUGACUUCAUGGGCCUGAUCACUCUGGAAUAUGCCAUCCCAUGGUUUUGUGCUUCUUUCAUCAUGGAACAGCUGGUGAUCAGAAACACCCUGCGCUUACGAUUUGAUGAGACUGCUGAGCCGGGGGCUCCCACCGUCCCCGUUGCCUUGGCCAAUGGCCACGUGAAGACAGAUUGAACAGUGACUUAGAAUCACACUUAGCAGUCUGGGAGAGCCCAGACCGCUAGCACGGACUGUCAGCUCUGGCUCCGAGGUACUGCUCCUUGCUGUAUGAUAAGAUUCAUAAACCCCAUUUUUCUAAUGGGGGUGUGCAUGGGAUAUACCAGAAAAAAUGGAACCAGUAGAUUUUCUAUGGAUUUUACUCUUUGGGCUCCAAGGACCAAUAUCAGUUACCUGUUAGUUAGGUCAUUUCUGAUUUUAACUUAUUACAGAUGAAAGCAGUCCUUUUGCUUACACUUUAACGUGGAGAAAGAAGAAAAAGAGAUGCUACGGUGGAAAUGCAUCCAAAAAGAAAAACACCUAAUUAUUUGAUGGUCAUGGACAUGCCAGCUGAGUUAGUGAUUGGCUUACUCCAUUAGGCAAUAUUCAGGUGCUUGCUUGCAACCAAUACCUCCUGUGGGACCUGAGAUGCUGCAGGAACAAGGAAAAUCCAUCUGCUGUUGUGAAGAACCUAAGACUGGCAGUCUGCUGGGGAGGUAGAUGGUGUUACCCUCGCCAGGUCCCAUUGGCCUCUCUCCAGGUUCUUUUUUGCACCAUGAAAUAAUCUGGUGCUGGACAUCUUGCUGAAUUUAUACAGAUCUUGUACUUUUUGAAAUCUCAGUCCUGAUACUUACUAGAAAUUUUUUCUUUUUUUCUUUUUUUCUUUUUUUUUAAUGAAGGUCUUUUUUGGCAAGUGAAUUUUACCAUAAUCUGUGCAAUCUGAAUCUUGGCAAAAGGCGCAAGAAAUAGUGCAAGUCUUCCCAUCUCCUCUGUACUCCCAAAGCAGACCUUGCCUAACAGUCUGCUUCAGAUUCCAGCUCCCACCUCAUCCAUGCAAACCUUGUAGAGACUAUACAGGCCACAAGAGUUUUCUGCCUUCCUUUCCAGGGAUUUCUCUGUUUCUGGUAAUGUUGGUGACUUAUUCUGGCUGCAGCCUAUUGUAUUAGCCACCUUCGUGUGGCUAAUGUAUCUGGGAUUUGGUCCUCUGGCACUGACUCUCAUGUCCCUUCAGCACUGGCAGGCCUUGGCUCAGUUCUGCCCAGUUUUCUCCUCAGUGUAUUAAGUGGAUUUGCUUUUUCUUCCCAAAUUCUGCUUUAAAUAACCACAACCAUAUUGUCAUGACAAUAAUUGGAGGCAGCAAGAGAUAUACCAUGCUGCCUGAUACAUUUAUUAAAAAAAAAAAGAAAGCAAAAAACCCUUCUCUGAAGAGCACUUAAUUCUUCAUGGUCUGCCUGAAUGAGACUUUGAGUUAGGGUACAAGAGCAGCAGUAGAGAGGUGGAGCAGAAGGGAGUGCUGUGGCUUCACUGUGGAACUACCUGCACUGUGGUCAGUUUGAAAUUUAAUCUAUUGGGAACACCUAUGGAGUACAAGGACAAUUGUGGUACAGGGAAGGUUUUUGGUAGUGGCAGCCAAAAGUUCACAGUUCACUCAGGCAAGUCUUGGCUUUUGAAGUUGGCAACAAACACAGAGCUUCCAGCUGUCAGAUGUCUCACUCUUGAGCUGGGUUAUGGGGAAGGUUUCUGUAGUUGCUCUGUAGGGCCAGAUUAAUUUUUUGUGUUCUUCCACCAUAGUCAGCAGAGCUGUACCAGGGACCAAUUUGGCUUGAAAUGCAAAUGUGUUGUGGGAUUCCACUCUUGUUUUGGAAGUAGUUGGGCUAUUUCUGUGUAGGUCCCUUGUCUCUGGUAGGGAGUGCUCAGCCCUGCGGCAGCCAUUCCUGAGAGGAAAAGCACUGUUGGCCCUGUGAGUUGAAUUGUUUCUUGGUUCUGCUCUUAUGAAGGCAGUGUUAAUCCUUUUUUGUAUCACACAGAGAGAAUUAUUUUUUUCCUCCCCUCCCCUUUCUCAUGUGGCAUCCAUUGCUGGCAAUGGACACAGGAAAGCAGUGGUGCAAGGAGUUAAUCAAAUCUGCCCUGAGUAUGCAAUGUCUCCUGAAGCACUGAGAAUACUUAGGUGGGUAUUUAGAGUCUCCUUUUUAUAGUUCAUUAAAUUAAAAGAGAACAAACACUGAACAGAUAGUUCUUCUGAUGCUGUGAUGCCAGUAUUAUGAAAUAAGAAGAAUAGUAUGUAGUUUGUCAGCCUUGUUGGUCUCAGGCAUAUAGACCCAGGCAAAAUAGUCACCUGACACUGUACAUGGAGUUAAAAAAAGAGAUUUGUGCAUGGGAUAAUGUAGAUGAGCUGUACUGGAGCAGAACAAGAAUUGCAAGGUGCAGAUGAGAGUGGGAUCUCACCAUUUUGGCCCUGGUUCUGUCAAGGUUAUCAAACACAGUGUCUAAAGCUGGGUUGUCCUCUCAUAGCAUAGCUUAAGUGUGGUGGUGUGCUGCCUCCUACAUCACCUCCACGUCAUGUAAAACCCUCAGCCUCAUAGAAACAUCCUUAGGAUCCCUACUUUCUCCUUAGCUGUUAGAAAACUUUAGAAAGGUUAAAAGGAGUUAGCAGUGUGGUUUGGAGGAGCGGCUGUCCACAGAGCUAACCUGGUACACAAUAACAGCUCUGUGUCUGUUAUUGUCUGUACUUUAGAAGGUCCCAACUAAAUGCCACUGGUUUUGCUCAGUGGGGUAAUAUUUAGAUGCUCAAAAUAUGGAGGGGUUUCCCAGCAGCAUCUAGUAUCUAGAGCAUUAUCCUUAUUGCCUGUGUCAUUGUAACAACUGUUUUGUCUGCUUUCCACGGAUGUCUGACGUGUACCACCCAGCUAUUGCAUCUUUAUAGAGUAGUAAUUUAUACCCAGAAGUGCACUUUACUUGCAGCUUGCACACCAGAAACAGAAAAGGACCCGUCAAAUUCUUAAAUCAAUUAAUUAUGUAUAACACCACAUACCUAAUGCAGCAGGAUUAGCCAGACUUCUCCGUUCUGAGCAAUGUGGCUGCAGUCAGAGCUUCGUCUUUUCUGCAAAAUCUCCCUUUUUAAUACAUGUGAUGCUUCUUACAACAUCUUGCAGAAGUGCCCAGAGCACAUUACCAGGAUUUUGGCGGCAGCUCAGUGAGAGCUUCAGAGCUGGACUAAAGUUGAAGAGACAUUUACAUUAAGAAGAAAAAAAACGCACAAGGCCUAACAUUUGUUGUAUGUGUAUCUUCCUCAGUAGAUUAAAGUUGCCUGUUUUGAGUUCACCAGCAAUAAAAAAACCUUGUGAUUUA